AUGGAGCGUUCAUCACCAACCUCCGGAUCCGAAGACUGCACAAUCUGCCUCCAGCCCAUUGACCCCACAACCCGCGCCCUCGUCUCACACUGCUACCACACCUUCGACCUCAUCUGCCUCCAACAAUGGCUCAAUAUCAGUCGUCGGUGUCCGUUGUGUAACGGAAACGUUUCUUAUAUCCUUCAUGCCAUCACAGAUGAGGGAUCGUACGAGAAGAUCGUUGUGCCGUCCUUGGCGGAGAAGACAGGCAAGGGUCUGGGGUUGGAGGCGAGAGCAUGGAUGCGGGAUAGAUUUGCCCAGGGACGGAAUCGGGUGAGGUCGAGGAGAUGGAUGGAGAGGAGGGUAAAUGAACAAGCGAUGAGUACCUCACCUCUCUCCCCCUCCGCCAUCGCUCGUCGCGCCUUCGUCUAUACACACCACCUCCGCUCCGCCCACAUCGCCUCGAACCCGCACACCCGAUUCCGUCCCGACGCAGAUAUCACGACCGAGAAGUUCCGCGGGUCGAGUGAGAUGCAGAAUCGUGCCAGAGUAUUCUUGCGGAGAGAGGUUCUCGCGUUUGGGUUUUGGAGAACGCGCGCGGGCGAGGAUUUGGAGGGGGGGGAUGGGGACGCCAGGGAUCGAGAGUUCCUGGUUGAGUACAUCGUCUCUGUGCUCAAGAAUGUCGGUAUACUCACCCCUGCCGCACGCCGCCUGAUCGGGGAGUUUCUCGAUUCGCGACCGAAUGGGGAGCCGGAUGCGGAGAGUGUGGAUACGAAUACGUCGAUUUUGUUGCAUGAACUUCGGACGUGGCUACGGAGUCCGUUUCAGGGUUUGGAGGGGUGGGAUAGGAGUCCACUUAUUCAGUAUGAUAGGCCGUUACCGCCGUUGGAGGGGGGAGAUGAGUGGACGCGGGUGCGAUACGACGAUGAUGAGAGACGGGAUGGGGAUGAGCGUGAGGGGGAGGAAGAGGAAGACGGGUUGGAGUUACCGGAGAGGGAUGACCGCUAUUGGCAUAGAGAGGAACCCUCGAAGGAGAGUGGGAAUGAAUCGCGUCGGCUGGGAUCAAGAUCGAGAUCGAGAUCUAGGUCGCCGCGUUCGAGGUCGAGCGGUCGACGGGAAGGGUGA